AUGUCUGCUGCAAUUGGUGCUAGAUUUACUAGAGCUCUAAAUAGAAAUUCGCUUUACCUGCUUGCGGGUGCCACAGCAGCUGUGGGUGCCGGAGUAGCGUUCAACAAUUACCAAAAUGGUCGCAGAAACCAAAAGCAAAACUCUCCAAAAAUUUGGGGCACUCUCGCAGCCGGAGGUGCAGGCUUGCAUACAGCGGAAGUGCAAAAAUCGCCACAAGACUACCAGAAAGUGUACAAUGCGAUUGCCCAAAAAAUGCAGGACGAGGACGAAUACGACAACUACAUUGGCUACGGCCCGGUCCUUGUGCGUCUCGCAUGGCACGUUUCGGGCACGUUCGAAAAAGCUGACAAUUCCGGCGGGUCCUUCGGUGGUACGUACCGGUUCAAAAAGGAAAUGAACGACCCAUCCAAUAAGGGUCUGCAGAACGGGUUCGAUUUUUUGGGGUCCAUCCAAAAACAGUUCCCAUGGAUCUCGCACGGUGAUUUGUUCACUUUGGCCGGUGUCACAGCCAUCCAGGAGAUGCAGGGUCCCAAAAUCCCUUGGAGAGCCGGCAGGGUGGAUCAGCCAGAAAACACAACCCCAGACAACGGAAGAUUGCCCGACGCUACCAAAGAUGCUAACUAUGUGAGAAACUUUUUCGCGCGCAUGAAGUUCAGCGACAGAGAAGUGGUGGCAUUGAUGGGCGCCCACGCUUUGGGAAAGACACAUCUCAAAAACUCUGGUUUCGAAGGUCCCUGGGGCGCUGCAACGAACAGCUUCUCUAACGAAUUCUACAACAACUUGCUCAACGAACAAUGGAAAUUAGAAAGCAACGACGCCGGCAACAAACAAUACAACAGCAAAAGCGGUUUCAUGAUGCUUCCUACCGACAUGGCAUUGGUCCAGGAUCCAAAAUACAAGAAAAUCGUCCAAGAAUACGCCAAGAACCAAGACGUUUUUUUCAGCGACUUCGCUAAAGUGUUCACCAAGUUGAUCGAAAACGGUAUUGAGUUUCCAAAAAACAUCAAGGCCACAACUUUCAAGACUCUUGAGGAACAACAGUAG